UAUGCUGUGCUCGCCCCCUUCCUAACAGGAAAACGCUGGAGGAGACCCACGGUGCCACACAGACGCGCACUGCAGAGGCGAGAGGGAGCGGGACGCAAACACCAACAGAGGAAUAUGUCAGCUUUCCCACGCACGGAGGGACGCGUAAACCACGAGCGCAGUGCGGUCAAUGCACAUGCUCCGUCUCCGCUUUAGUUCACCAGACGCACAUCGCCCUGUUUACCACUUAUGCGCUGGUGAAAUCUUUCCUGCUGCUGCUUCUGGUCCAUCCCCGUCCCCUCUUCUCCUCCUCCUGCUCCUCCUCCUUCUGCUCUCCGCCGUCCCGUCGUCAGGAUGGACAAGACGCUCUGCAGUCCACAUCCCGGGACUAACAAAACCAACUCUUCCUCGUCGGACCGCGGGAAUUCGUCGACGAGGAAGCCCGGCAGGACCGGCUCGCACAGCCCCGGCUCCGGCUCCCUGAGCGGCCCUGCUUCAGCGGGAGGCAGUCGGGGAGCUGUGCUUGGGAACAGCAUGAAUUUGCAGCAGCAGCAGCAGCAGCAGGCGCGCAAGAGGCAGUUGGAAGGAGUGUUGAGCAAAUACACCAACCUGAUCCAAGGCUGGCAGAACAGGUACUUUGUGAUAGAUCCAGAGUUGGGACAGCUGCACUACUUUGUCAACGAGCACGGGAAGAACCAGAAACCCCGUGGGUCCCUGCCCCUGAUCGGCGCCUCGGUGACGCCGAGUGACGAGGCUCCGCACAUGUUCAUUGUAAACUCUGUCAAUGGAGAGCUGUACAAACUCAGAGCAUCCGACGCCAAAGAGCAGCAGUUUUGGAUGAGUCAGCUCCAAGCGUGUGCCAGGCGUCACUCUGACAGUAGUGCCAAGGUGAGGAAGCUGAAGGGCUCCGAUGAACACUUGAGUGUGGAAAGAGCCGGAGGAGGUCAGGAGGUGCUGGGCUCCUCAUCCUCUGGUCGGACCCGUAGCUUCUCCCUCCUCCCCCACCUAACCCCAUCUUCAUCCCCGGGUUCUCAGAGGCACUUGAGCCACACGGCCUCACCCAGCAACAUCGUCACCAUCACUCACCACAAAUCUCCAGCUGCAGCUCGGCGGGCCAAGAGUCAAUACCCUGGACGGCUGCUGGAGGUCAAAGAGGUGAUGUCCCAAGCAGAGGGCCAACAGAAGAACCUGGUCCAGUCCAUUGACUCUCUACCCACCAGAGGCCCCCUCUCCUGUCUGGAUCAGGACCUGCUGCUGCUCAAAGCCACGUCAGCCGCCACACUCAGCUGCCUGGGAGAGUGCCUGAACAUCCUCCAACAGAGCCACAGCCAGGCACCACCUCAGUCUCAGGCCUCUGAGCGCAGUUACGCUGCCCACAGAGCCCCCUCUGAUGGUGUUCCUGUGUGGACUGUACCAAAGUCGCCCUCAGGGGAGCCAUUGAAGAACGGAGGUCUGACUCCUCUACAAUCAGCCGAGCCCUCCCCGGCCCUCAGGAAAAGGAGUGCGUCCCGUGGUGCUGAGCACCAAGCCGGUCUGGAAGACAUCAGCCCCGCCGAAGAGGUGACGGAUACGGAGGAUAACGAAGAGGAGGACCUGGGUGUCCUGGACGACCAGCGGAGCAUCAUUCUCCACCUGCUGUCCCAGCUCAAACUGGGCAUGGACCUCACACGGGUGGUGUUGCCGACCUUCAUUUUGGAAAAGCGAUCACUACUGGAGAUGUACGCCAACUUCAUGGCCCACCCUGACAUGUUCCUGUCAAUCACAGCCGGGUCCACAGCCGAGGACCGAAUAGUCCGUUUUGUCGAGUACUACCUGACCGCCUUCCACGAGGGCCGGAAAGGCGCCGUGGCCAAGAAGCCCUACAACCCCGUACUGGGGGAGACCUUCCACUGUUCCUGGGAAGUGCCUCGGGAGAAAGUCAAACCUUUGGUCAGGUCAAACCAGGGGACCUCGUGGGAGCCAAGCAGGGGCCCCAACAACACACAGCAAGGUGACGAUUCGUCGGGAGGCUGCUACAGAGUCCGGUUUGUGGCGGAGCAGGUGUCCCAUCAUCCACCAGUUUCUGGGUUUUACUGCGAGUGCCGGGAAAGGAGGAUGUGUGUCAACGCCCACGUAUGGACCAAGAGCAAGUUCAUGGGAAUGUCCAUAGGAGUGUCCAUGGUGGGGGAGGGAGUCCUUUGUCUCCUGGAGCACGACGAGGAGUACGUCUUCACGUUGCCCUGUGCCUACGCCCGCUCCAUCCUCACCGUCCCCUGGGUGGAGCUGGGGGGCAAAGUCUCCAUCAACUGCGUCAAGAGCGGCUACUCUGCCACCGUCACCUUUCACACCAAGCCUUUCUAUGGAGGGAAGGUUCACAGGGUGACGGCAGAAGUCAAACACAACCCGACCAACACCAUCGUGUGCAAAGCGCAGGGCGAGUGGAACGGCACCCUGGAGUUCACCUACAGCAGCGGGGAAACCAAAGUGAUCGACACGGCCAAACUUCCAGUCACCAGGAAGAAGCUGCGGCCCGUGGAAAGACAGGGGAGGACAGAAUCCAGGCGACUGUGGCAACACGUCACCAAGUCGCUGAAGGAGGGGAACAUCGACGAGGCCACGGAGCACAAACACAGGCUGGAGGAGCGACAGAGAGGCGAGGAGAAGCAGAGGGCAGCUGAUAACAAACCGUGGACACCCAAAUACUUCACUAAAGAGGGAGACGGUUGGAUCUACAACAACCCACUGUGGAAGUCCACCUGACAGCAGAAAACUCUUCUCAUGGACCAUAACUGAGUUCCUGGCUCUCCUCCGAGAGAUCAGGAAGUCAAGUGAAAAGAGCCGUGACCUCCAGAGACCUUCAGACCCGAGCUAUGGACUCCCCGAGUCACACACAAACAGGAAACUAGCAAGGUGCCAAAGGGAUCCCCGCUGUUGGAACAAAGACGGUGGCUGGAGCUCUUGGGACAGAAGUCAUUUUUUAUAUACAGUUAAUAGUAUUACUGUUCAAAGUAGAGUAUUUCUAUUUUUCACCUUGCCAAGGCCUUUUUUGCACACGCACAGUAAUGAAGUUUGCCACUGGCUUUUUUUUUUUUUAUGACCAAUAUGUUUUGUCAGACAUUGUCAAUGUUUGGUUCCAAGCUUUUAGUUUGUAAAGCAGCAUAUGAGUUCCCUGUAACACAUAAUACUGUAGCUGUAACAGAGUUGUUUAUAAAAGCACUUUUACCAUAGAAAUAAAUUUAAUAUUUUAUAUCUA